CUCCACCUGUCCCCGGCGCGUUGGACGCUGGAAGCCAAGAUGGCGGCGGAGCUGGUGGAGGCGAAAAAUAUGGUGAUGAGCUUCCGCGUCUCAGACCUGCAGAUGUUGCUAGGAUUUGUUGGCCGGAGCAAGAGUGGUCUAAAACACGAACUGGUAACUCGGGCCUUGCAGCUGGUCCAGUUUGACUGUAGCCCAGAACUGUUCAAGAAGAUAAAGGAGAUCUAUGAGACUCGUUACUCCAAAAUCUCUGACCCAGGACAGCCGCCCCAGCAGCCGCCACCACCGCAGCACCGGCCUCCUUCCGAAGCGCUUUCCAUCCAUUCUUCCUUUGACCGCAACAGCACAGUAGCCAGGACUGCCCUCUCUACUUCCAACAUAGACUAUCCCUCUCUCUAUGGAAAGUAUUUAAACGGACUUGGGCGGUUGCCUGUGAAACCGGUGAAGCCUGAGGUCCGGUUGGUGAAGCUUCCCUUCUACACGAUCUUGGACGAACUGUUGAAGCCCACAGAGCUUGUCCCACAGAACAACGAGAAGCUUCAAGAAAGUCCGUGCGUGUUUGCCCUGACGCCACGACAAGUCGAGCUGAUCAGAAAUUCCAGGGAAUUGCAGCCGGGCGUGAGAUCAGUCCAGGUUGUCCUCAGGAUCUGCUACACAGAUACCAGCUGCCCUCAGGAAGAUCAAUAUCCCCCAAAUAUCGCUGUCAAAGUGAACCACAGUUACUGUUCUGUUCCGGGCUAUUACCCUUCCAACAAGCCUGGGGUGGAGCCAAAGAGGCCUUGUCGUCCCAUCAACCUUACUCAUCUCAUGUACCUGUCUUCCGCCACCAACCGCAUCACCGUCGUCUGGGGCAAUUACGGGAAGAGUUACUCGGUGGGCCUCUUUCUCGUGCGACAGACAACAUCGGCAGAGUUGCUGCAGCGGUUAAAAACCAUCGGCAUUAAACACCCAGAGCUGUGCAAGGCCCUUGUCAAAGAGAAGUUGCGACUGGAUCCCGAAAGUGAGAUUGCCACCACUGGCGUCAGAGUAUCUUUAAUAUGCCCGCUGGUAAAGAUGCGCUUGUCGGUGCCGUGUCGGGCUGAAACCUGUGCCCACCUGCAGUGCUUCGAUGCGGUUUUCUAUCUGCAGAUGAACGAGAAGAAACCCACAUGGAUGUGUCCGGUCUGUGACAAACCAGCCACGUACGACCAGCUGAUGAUUGAUGGGCUUCUGUCAAAGAUCUUAAAGGAAUGUGAGGAUGCAGAUGAGAUUGAGUACUUGGUGGAUGGCUCCUGGCGCCCGAUCAAAGCAGAGAAGGAGCGGAGUUACAGCCCUCAGUGUCCGAUACUAGUCGUGGGUGGAUCCACAGGGGGCACAUCUGAUGUCAACGGGGCGCCACCUCCUGCCCCCAGCGUGGAGAACGGCAAGGUCCCGGCCGACGUGGUGGAUUUGACACUAGACAGCUCGUCCUCGGAAGACGAGGAGGAGGAGGAGGAGGAAGACAACGGCGGGGGGCCCAAAAGGAAAGUGCCCCGUCUGUUCAAGAACGGCCUGGCCUCUGCCUGCUGACCGCGGGCGGCAGCGCGUAAACUCCAAGUGGGAAAGCUUGAAUUCCUUGGUGCUUAUUCGGAUACGGGAUGGGGGGUGUCUUCCCCCCCAACCCCCUCAUCUUGUCCUCCUCCAAAGCUUCCUCUGACUUCCCAAUUCCAAGUUAAAGACUUUUUUUUUUUUUUAAACAAACAGACCCAUCUGGAUGGGGUGGCGCUGCUGCAUGGCUGGAAGACCCCCCCUCGCAACCCACGUCUUUGUCUCUCUGCCUUCAGCUCAGCUUGAACUGCCUUUGGAAGGGGGGGGGGCGCCUCUCCUGCACGCAGCCCUUUGGGAAUUGCCACUGACUCUGCGUUCCUCCCCCCCUGCGCCCGUCCACCCCCUCUCGCUUCGUGGUCAACCUGACACGGGCUGGUGAGAACGGAUCCAAAUGCCAGCCAGUCGCCAGAACGUUCCACGGGCCUCCAGAGUUGCUUUUGUCUUUCCGUUGGCCUUGUUCGACAACCAUGCCCGGCUCUCUUGCUCUCGCAGAACACCUUGCUGAACAUUGUUGAGGGGUGUUCUUUUUUCAUCCUUAGCCAGGCGGAGAGGUUUUUGAAACCCAGCGAGAGGCCCAGGUUUCCUUGUUCCCAUCAGGAUGGAAGGUAAAGGGGGGGUGGGAACCGAAACGGGACGGAACGGCCGGGGCGGGGGGGCCUGUCCCCCUCCUGGAGAGAACCUCAUGUAAAGAAAAGGUUGGGACUCUUUUUAGACACUUCUGAAAAUAAUGUAGAAUUCUAGCAUAGCGAUGAGCCCCCUCUUUUUUUUUUUUUUUUUUAAGUUGAACAGAAGCCAUUGGGGGGACACGGAGGGAGAGUGGAAACCGGGGGGUGGGCGGGUGUUGCAGAGUGAGGGAAGGGCUUGAACCACAAAUCUGUUGUUGUUUUUUUUGAAGUGCAAUAACUUGGUGUGUUUUGGAAGAUGGAGAGGGUGGCCCAUUCCUCUCCGUCAGCCGAGCCCUCUUGAGCUGAGCAUGGGGAGAGGGGGACGCCGCCACUUUGGGGUGGGGUGGGGACGGACGAGCAAAGGGAGGUGGGCCUUCCAGAACAAAAAUACCAGGUGGAGGAACUCUUUUGGUUUCUAGCCAACUACCUCGGUGUAAAAAAAAAAAUAAAAAAAAUUCAGGUGUAGGUCAGUCACGAAACAGUGCGGAGCCAAGCUGGGGUGGGGCGGCAUGCGAGUGACUGUCUUGUUUUUAAAAUUGCCUCUGGACUUCCAGCUGCUUUGAUACUUCUUGUCUCAUUGUGUGUUUACCCUCGUGUAUUGGUGGACCCUGGAAAAUAUUUCCCCUCUUCCUUCUCCUGCUCCGCCUGGCCUCGUCGCCUGCCCGGGUCUCCUCCAGACUCUUCUCGCUGGCGAGGGAGGGAAGCCUCACCCGUUGAUCCCCCUCCUCAAGCAAGUGGUGCCCCGACGGUAGAUGGCCAGGCAGAGGGGCGUGGAAGAUGGCUGAGAUGGGGCCAGUGGGGCUGAGCUGCACCCUCUGCAAAAUGGAACUGGGCAAAGGUCUCUCCUCUGUCCUCCUCUUUCAUUUUGGAUUUCCUUUUGUGCAGUUUUUUGUUUUACAGCAGUACUUCUUAACCUUGGCAACCUUAAGAUGGGUGGACUUCGACUCCCAGAAUUCCCCAGCCAGCAAAGCUGGCUGGGGAAUUC